AUGGAUAGCGAAAACAAUGAUGUUGCACUAUUUCCAGUCCGGGUGGCGGAUGGUAAUGAUGACAUUCUAUUUGGAAAAACCGUGUCUAAUGAAGAUGAAGCUUAUAAUCUAUACAAUAGCUACGCUUUACGACUUGGUUUCAGCGUACGUCGAGGUAGAUACAGGUAUUCUGGUAAAACUGGAAAAAUUAUUCAACGUGAGUUUCUAUGUUCCAAGCAAGGAAUCACGAAUGAUGAAAAUCCACUUGAGUUGAAAAAGGUCAAUAGGUUGGAAACACGAACUGGGUGUAGAGCUUUUAUCCGAUUCAGCAUUGAGAAUGAUGUGUGGAAAGUGACUGAAUUCAAGACCACGCAUAAUCAUGAUCUUGCUACACCAUCAGAGAGACAUUUGCUGAAAUCUGGUCGUAAGAUUUCAAAGGACAAGGCAGGUGUAAUUGAUACGAUGAAGAAUGCAGGACUUAGGACAAAAGAUGUUUAUUCAUAUAUUUCCACGGAACAUGGAGGAGAUGAAAAUGUUGGGUUUUUACAGAAAGACUGUUCUAAUCAUGUGCAUAGACAAAAGAUGGUGAAAGUUGAAGCAGGGGAUGCUCAAAGUCUGAUGAAUUAUUUGAAAAAGUAG